GGCGGCGGUCGAGGCGGCGUCGACGCCGGCGCGGCGAGGGGCCCAGCCGAGGCCACACACGGCGACGGGCCUGGAGGCGUCGGGAGACAGUGCGUGCCCGACCGCCGAGCGCAGCGGCCGCGAAAGUCCCCGCCUGCCGUACGCUCGUGUUGUCGACGCCUUCGUGGGACGGAGCGACCCUCGAACGACAAGAUCGCCUCGGCGUCCCUGACCGACCUUCGGAAAAAAGCCCCGCGAGUCCAGUAUAGCCACUUCGGCGUAUUCUUCCCGCGCGGCGGAAGCCUCGUUUCCGACCGCGGACUUUCGUGAAACCCACGUGGUGCUCCACGCCUUUUGUCAAAACCGAAGCUACCGUCGCUCCCUCGUAGCCGUGCCUCGGACUUCGCGUGCGAUUGCUCACCGUGGCGCCUCCUCCGUCAUCACGAGAGCGCCGCGCACUUUGAAAAGAACGCCGUCGUCGGAACCGGCCGAAGGGAAGCAAGCGUACCGCCAUGGAGGUGGCUCCGUACUUCUUGCUCCUGCUCGAGCUGCUGGGCGUCGUGGGGCGCUGCGUGUUGUCGGUGCUUGUGUACAUGCUUCGACUUGUGGUUCCCGCGAGCCGCAAGUCGCUGCGCGACAAGCGCGUGCUCGUCACCGGAGCGGGACACGGGCUGGGACGCGAGAUCGCCCUGCGUUGCGCGCAGCUCGGCGCCAAACUCGUCCUGCUCGACAUCAACAAGGAGAACAACGACGCCGUGUGCGAGGAGCUCCGGCAGCUCGGCUACGAGGCUCACGCCUUCCAGUGUGACGUCACCUCUGAGCAGCAGGUGGAGGCCGUGGGCGAGCAGGUUCUCAAGACGGUCGGACCCGUCGACGUGCUCGUCAACAACGCCGGCAUCGCCAUGUGCAAGGGCCUGCUCACGCUCAAGCACAGCGACAUCCGCCGGACGUUCGACGUCAACACGCUCUCGCAGUUCUGGAUGGUCAAGUACUUUUUGCCAUCCAUGAAGGACAGAGGAAGCGGCCACAUUGUGUGCAUCGCAUCCGUGGCUGGCCUCCUGGGAUCGCCCUUCAUGACUGACUACUGUGCUUCCAAAUUCGCGGCCCUGGGCUUCAUGUACGCACUGGAGGAGGAGCUCUUCCACACGGGAUUCGAGUUCAUCAAGCUCACCACCGUGUGUCCGGUGUUCAUCAACACCGGCCUGUUCCCCAACGUCGGUGCCAGGUUCCCGCUGCUGACGCCCAUCAUGGACACGAGAGACGUUGCCUACCGGGUGGUGGACGCCAUCCAGCGCGACGAGUCCCUAAUCGUGGUGCCCCGCAUAGUCGAGGUCAUGUACAAGUGUCUCAAGCCACUGCCAGAAGACGCCCAGAAGCUGAUCCAGCGGUUCCUAGCCUGUUCCAUCCAGAAACCGAGCGCGUGAUGACGGCGUCACCUAUGCGUUCCUCUUGGCACAGCCGGCAUCUUGAGACAUGCACAUCUAUCCACUCGCUCGUCUACGGCGGACAUCCCACGCUGCAGAUGAAACCAAAAUCCGACGUCUGUGGUGACGCAUUGUUGCCGAACUGGGGAAAAAAGAAAGCCUCGACGUUCUUCGUCGACAAACACGAGUGCUAAACAAAAAAAAAAAGACUUGGAAAAAAAUCUCGCGUAUCGCUAUAGUUCUUGUUUUCUCUAUCGCGUUAUGCGCGGAUGGAAGAAAUAGUGUUCGGCAAUUUCUCAAUGUGUGAGUGUGACUGUGACCUGGCAACGCCUGGUGCGAAAUCAUUUGCCCGCCACGCGCUGCGUGUAAAUCUGAACUAUAGUGCGUGAGAAUGAGUUUGUACUCUCUGACUGGUGGUGGACGGCUGAAAGGAAUUUUCGUGUUUAAAAGCAGAAGUGUCUGAUCGGGUAGUCAUCGUGUAUUGCAGAACGAAACUCGCCUUCAGUAGCGGGCCGUAGUCAUGAAAUUUAGUCUCCCCGUUGCCCUUUCAGAAAACGAUUUUCCUACUUAGGAGUCAUUUCUCAAGGGGAUUCGGAGUCGGAAUUCUGGAAACAUAUCGAUACUAAUCUUACAGGGCUUUUGUUCCGUAAUUAUAUAUCAACUCUUCGUUGGCCCAUUAGUGACAAAAUUAAUGUUCGAAGCGAGUCGUGUAUGUGUAGCUCACGAACAUACCGAUUCAGCAAAUAGCAAAAAACACGCGGGAUGAAGACAGUCAUGUCUUCACCGCGUAUUCAUUGGGUUGGUGCGUUUUCAGGCAUUCAGAUACAUAGAUUUUCACCACCCCUUCUCAUUCAAUCACUGGAUGAGAUAUAUAUGUUUGAAAUGAUGCAGAAUAAAUAAAAUGAAAUGUUCGUGCUGGGGGACUAGCAAAAGGUCCACGGGUCGCGUAGUUUGAGACCCCCUGCACGAUACGUGGUAAUGAUGGAAACACUGCAAUUCAUCUAAUGAUGUAUAAAGCAACAAGAUGGUCGAAGUGGUGCGAUUUAUUGUAUGCGGGUUACGAGCCGCGGCUUGCGCUUUGAGUUCGUGUAACAGGGUGAGUAGCUGGCCGAAAGGGUAUGCUAGGUAUAUACACAAAAACAUCUCAGACAAUGUCGCUGCAAGCGUACCGCACUUUAGCCUGUUGGAGCGCUUUCUAGAAAUCCGGUAGUUUGUUUAUUUUUGCACGCAUUUUCUAUAAAGUAGGUUUCACUUUUCAAAAGUCAAAGCCACCGUUAAAAUACGCCCGCAUCGCCGUACACCUCAUCUUUCCUAUCCCUCAAUGCGCCAUGGUUAGCAUCAUCAUCAAUGAUGUAACGAUUUUCGAUAGCUGGAUAUCAAGAGAGAAAGAACGGGGAAGUUGGAGGGGACGAACGCUGUAUAGAGGCACAACUUUCGUUGCUUGCCGUUAUCAAUGGUUUUCUGCAAGUUUUUCAAAGUUUGCCUUAAAAUGGGUUCCGCGCUUUACUCCCAAUCUACCGCACACUAGCUUAAUUUCCCCCGCUUUUCAGUUCUUGUAAGUGUAUAAAAUUAAAAGUCUAAAAUAGCGUAAUAUGACGGCAUAUCGAACGUUGGACGUAUGCGUGGCUCCAUGAAUGCAUGCUAAGGCAAAAAAAAAAAAAAAACAUCAGUAGAUAAUGCUAGUUGCGUUUAUAGUGAUAAGACGACACCAGCGAAUGCAGUCGCCAUAGGAAAGCGUUCUGCUUCUUCAUUUGUCUUAUAGUUAAGAAAGCUGGCGUUAAUUAUUUCUACUAAUAGCGAGGCGAAAGGCUUCAGCCAGCCGUGAUGCAAAGCCUCGUUAACGGGAUGCGGUAGAAAAAAAGAGGCAAUGAUGUAUACAAAUUUUACGAUAUAACAUAAAUGUGUGGUUGGAGAAUGUUCCGGCAAAUGGUAAGCAGAUAGCGUUAUUCCACCAGUGGAUGCUUAGAGAUAUUUUAACGCAACAGCGUUAAACGGCUCGUGCCGCAGAAAUUCUGAUAUCGGCGUCGGCGUCAUUAGUUUCGCUAUUAAAAAAAUCGACGUUGUCCCCGAACAGGAAUUCGAGAUAGAUGCAAAUAAAUAAAUACUAAAGUUUCUUCGGCCGAGGGAGGAUCGAACACUGGCAUUUUGCGUGGCAAGCAGGCGUUCUAGCACGCUGUUGAGCAAGUUUUAAACUGCUUCGUUAAAAAAGAAAACUACGCGAAUGUCAUGUAGUGGGUGGAUGCUCGUUAACGCUUGUCAUAUUGCGUGACAGAAUGGUAGAACGGCGCCCGGUGUGAAAAUACUGAA